AAAAAACGCACCGAGAUGGCGGCUUUCUAACGAUAUUCGGGAGGCUUCGUUAUUGUGCUUUGGCGCAGGAAGACAUUCUUGUAUCGGUCGCAGCGGGCAUGCGCUUCACCGGGACAUAGGGUGCUCUGGUUUGAAGAGGAAAUGUCAUGCAACUGUCCGAAGAUGUCAGAUGCCAAUCACGAUGCAGAUGAGGACAAAGAGUUUGCCGAAGAGAACAAAAGAAUCGCAUCCUUUUCCAGUUUCCCAAGCAGCUGUCCAAUCUCAGCCACAGCGCUGGCAAGGGCCGGCUUUUAUUACACUGGAAAUGCUGACCAAGUAAAGUGCUUUAGCUGUCAAGCAAUAGUCGAAGGUUGGCAGCACGGAGACACCGCUAUAGGCAAGCACCGGAAAAUAUCCCCAAACUGCAGAUUUAUAAGUGGCUUCAAUUUACGGAAUGAUUGCAUUCAAACUCAAAUACCUAGCAUUCGUAAUUCAGAUCUACGUUUAGAUGAAAGCUGUUCGCAAAACGCAGCUCAGACUUUUAACCAUGUAUCAAACUCUGAGAAUCACACAGAGUUCUUGUUGAGAACUGGAAGGGUUAUUGAUGAGUCAAAGGCAAAAUACCCUAGGUACCUUGACAUGUGUGACGAAGAAGCCAGACUCAAGACGUUUCAGAACUGGCCAAGUUAUGCUCCCGUAGCACCAAAAGAGCUGGCUGGUGCGGGCCUUUUCUACACGGGUAUCAACGAUCAAGUGAAAUGUUUUUGUUGUGGUGGAAAGUUGAUGAACUGGGAACCAAGUGACAAAGCCUGGACAGAACACAGAAAACAUUUCCCCGAUUGCUACUUUGUCUUGGGCCGAGAUGUUGGGAAUGUGGCCUCGGAGUCGAGUAGAUCAAACAGUAGAAGACGAGGUUCUGAAGCUCCCGAUAAUCCAAACAUGAACCAAUAUAAAGCACGGAUUGAUAGCUUUUCUCGGUGGUUUUAUGGCACCAAUAAGGAGGCGCUUGCUAAAGCUGGAUUUUAUAGCAUUGGGGAUGGUGAUACUACAAAGUGCUUUUAUUGUGGUGGGAUACUAAAAAAUUGGAAGUUAAAAGAAGAGCCGUGGGAAGAACAUGCAAAGUGGUAUCCAGGAUGUAAAUUUCUGAUUGAAGAAAAAGGACAGCAUUUUAUAAACCACAUUCAGUUAACACGACCUCUUCAAAACAAGGUGGCAUGUUCAUCAUCAGGAGCAUCAACCACUUUACCUGAAGACGGCAAAUUAUUGGAGAAUCCUUUAGUGGCUGCCGCUCAGCAAAUGGGGUUUAAUUUUGAGGAGAUUAAAAGUACUAUGAAAAGGAAACUGAUGAUUACAGGGGAAAAUUACAAAUCCAUAGAAGUCUUGGUGUCAGACUUACUAAAUGCACAGACCGAAAAGGUACAAGAAAAGCCAGAGGAGAAAGAAAAAGAGAGCAGUAUUGAAGAGAAACUUAGACAACUGGAAGAGGAAAAGAUCUGUAAACUGUGUAUGGACAGGAGCAUAUCCAUAGUGUUUAUUCCAUGCGGUCAUUUAGUGGCGUGCAUUGAAUGUGCAGAAGCAGUUGACAAAUGUCCCAUUUGCUGCACUAUCAUACAAAGAAGGCAGAGGAUAUUUAUGUCUUAAUUUUUCCUAACACUAACUACAGUUUAGCUCUCUCCAAAAAUUUAAAAAAAUUAUAUAUGACCAUGUAAAGCAAUGAUUCAGAAAUGUGCACGUUCUUGUUGCAUGAAAUCGUUUAUAUACAUCCUUGGUCUUCUGGAAAGUAUUUGUGCAAGUCAUUAAACCAUUUAAGAAACACA